AGAGCCUCACAGGGGCAGUUGGUGCCCAGGCAAAUUAUUGGAAGAGUGCAGUAUGAAAGCAAUCAAUGCCUUCUCUUUCCGUUGCUUGGAGCAAUGGAGAGGACCCUUGUGACGAAGACAAGGUGGGAAUUUUCUCAUCACUUUCCUACUCAUGCUUCUCCUUUAACUUGCAAUCCUGCGCUCAUGCCUAUCACCAUCUGAGUCCCAUCAGUCACGACCAGAUACUCAUCUCCACUUCUAUUUAAAAUUCUGUUCAUGCUCAUCUCCUGGUGCCUUCGUAUGAGAUUUUGAGCCAUGGAGGUGGCUUCGUCGGCCUGUAAUGGUGACUGGAGUAGUAAACAAAGCACGGCCGGGCAAGAGCUUAGCUUGAUGGAUAAAGAUGGUGGGGCACUGACGAUCCAACCCUCCCUUCAGCUCGAAUUGAAGCUCUCGUGGCUGGCUGAGACUGAGUUAGAAGAAGAAAGGAACAUUGAUGAAGCCAAAUCUCGACGACGGCUCAAUGUGAAGGGGGCCGCUAGAGAUGCACACGAUGCUUGUGAUGAUAUGAAGCCCUCGUCUUCAACUUCUCACAGCAUGACAGCAGAGAGAGGCUCUCAGCAAUGUCGCAAUGGUAGCGAAGGUGAGGGAGGCAAAGGAGGAAAGAAGCUAAGGCUAUCCAAAGAGCAGUCUUCUUAUCUGGAAGAGAGGUUUAAGGAGCACACCACCCUCAACCCGAAACAAAAGCUUGCAAUAGCUAAGAGGCUAAAUCUGCGGCCUCGGCAAGUAGAGGUGUGGUUUCAAAACCGAAGAGCCCGAACCAAGCUCAAGCAGACUGAGGUGGACUAUGAAUACUUGAAACAAUGGCGUGAGUAUCUGACUGAAGAGAACCGAAGGCUCCAUAAGGAGAUUCAGGAGCUCAAAGCAUUCGAAUCUCCCCUCCAAAAUGUUUAUCACUUCAGGCAUCCGACGAUGCUAACUAUCUGCCCUUCAUGUCAGCAUGCUAUCGGUCUUCAGAAAAAUUGGUAGCUUCGAUGCCACGGCCGCAGCGACAGCUUCCUUAGAUUGGCCUGUUAGGGUUUAUAAUUGGUUUGUAACAUGUUAGAAUCGCAGAAUUUAGGAGUGUUAGAUUUAGAGAAGUGUUAGCUAAUGUGGCCGGGAGAAGGCUUCUUUUAUAGCAGUUCCUCUGUUUUAAUUUGUUAUGAAGAAGAGCAACUUUUGAGUAGAGUGCAGGAGGUCGAACAAGGCCCCAAGCUUGGCACAA